AUGGACGACUCCGCCUCAGACUCCUCCCAUGAUGAGGUCAAGCCCGCCUUCUACAAGAUCUCUCCCGAAGACAUGUGCGAUAUAAAACGCAGUCUCGAACUCAUCGAAAGCGAUCUGAACCAUCUUCACUAUACCAAAGGUCGUGCGCCCAUCGGCAUUACUCUGCACGAGUUGGAAUUCUUCAAGGCAACCAUCGCAAAAGCUGAGCCCGCUUCCGAAAAUAUGUAUGUCACUCGCAGAAACUUCACAAGCAUGAACAUUUUGCUCACUAUUCAGANNAUUACUCCUGAGUCGUCCGACUCCGGCUCUGUUCUCGGUUCCGACGAUGUCGCUCCGGCUAUAUGCCCUAUCCUCGUUGCUGGCGGCGUGGACCUCGUCUUAUCACGUAUGCUCGAGCAUCUCAAGACUCAAAACAACCAAACUUCCGCCCGUAUUGAAGAGUCCUUUGAGAGAUUUGUUGUGGCAGACCAUGGAGAGGAACUCUUUACUGCCAUUGAGCAGGCCGCGAAAGCAGACUGGGACUUUGUCAAGGAGUUUGAGAGCCGUGCUAAGAAAGUUGUCUGGGAAUUCCUCGCCCGCAAAAUGAAGGACGAGUUCAACAAGCAGCUCACGGAAGCGUUCAGCAAGAUGUGA